AUGCAAUUGUGUUGGAGUUUGCAAAUUUCUCAGCUUACACCUCACAUUUUGGAAAUGAAUUUUCCAAAAAUUUGGAUCACCCUAGUUUGGUUGUGUGGACCAUUGUCUGGAAUUAUUGUCCAGCCAAUUGUUGGAGUUUGGUCAGAUAGGUGUAAGAGUUCACUAGGUAGAAGAAGACCAUUCAUUCUUGUUGGGUCAAUAUUUAUGGUGCUAUCUCUUUGUUUCAUUGUCAACUGUUUGGAUUUGGGGUAUUUAUUAGGAGACACUAUAGAUAACACAACCUGGUCUCUCACAUUUACAAUUAUUGGAUUUUGGAUUCUUGACAUUUCUCUCAACACACUACAAGGACCAGCCAGAGCUCUUGUAGCUGAUAUUGCUGUGCAGAGAAAGCAGGAUAGUGCCAAUGCCUUUUUCACAUUCUGGGUUGGACUUGGUAAUGUAAUUGGGUAUGGUAGUAGCUUUAUAGAUUUUUCAGAAUACAUUCCAAUGUAUGCCACUCCACUGUGUAACAAGACAUGUGUCAAUAUGAAAGUCUCCUUCUACUUUUCCUCCAUUGUAAUUAUUAUUUCAUGUAUUGGUACUUUGAUAUUUGCAAAGGAGCAGAGUUUGGAUGAUGACAUGAAUUUGAGGAAUAGAUUGAAGAAGUGGUUCUGCAAUCCAAAUCCAAUUGUGAGACUUGCAAAGUACAUUUACAAACUUCCAAGAACUAUGAAAGUUUUGUGUAUUUAUCAGUUUUUCUCUUGGAUUGGUUGGUUCUCCUUCUUGGUGUAUAUUACAGAUUGGGUGGGAGAAUCAGUUUUUAGAGGAAAUCCUGAUCCGCAACAUCCUGCUUACCAACUCUACGAGACUGGAGUCAGAUUUGGCUCUUUUGGAUUGGCUGGGUUCAGUAUUGUAUCAAUGAUUUUCUCUCCUUUCAUUCCAAGAAUUUCCAAACGAUAUGGCAGCAAGGUACUUUUAUUUAUUGCUCAAGUGAUACUGAGCUUGUUAUUAUUAAUGACCUUUUUCGUCAAGAACAAAUACUGGGCAAUUGUAUUGAUUAGUUGUUUUGGUGUUCCGUACUCUAUUUCCAAUACUCUUCCUUUCACUCUUUGCUCCACUUCGGCUGAUGACUUUAAUAAGGGUACCUAUAUGGGUAUUCUCAAUGUUUUUAUAGUUGUUCCUCAGUUAAUCAUGUCAGUAUUUAAUCCAGUGAUAGUCUAUGUAUUUGAUGGUAAUACUGUAGCUACACUAGUAGGUGGAUCUAUAGCAAGUUUAUUCUCUUCAGUAAUUGUUUGGUUCGUUAGAAUUCCAAAAAUUAGAAAAAAGAAGAGGAGAAAUAACAACACGAAUUAG